AGUGGAAUUAGUGAACAAAGUUAUGGACGUCCAACGACACCUGUUUCGAAUACUCAUAGACAAGUGGCAGAUUCGAUUGUAGCAGCAAAUGUUUUUGGACGGUUUAGAGAUAUAGAUAGUUCAUCUAUAAAAGCUCCAAUGAAAAAAGAUAUUCGGAGUGAAAGAAAAGUUACAGAUCGCAAGGAUGAUUUAUCUGAUACAUUGACAUGCAGGCUUAAAAAACAAUUAAAAGAAGGAAAUUAUGAGUGCAUGAUCUGCUGCCAAAUUAUCCGCCCUACUCAGCGGAUUUGGACUUGCCAAAAAUGUUAUCACAUGUUUCAUAUUGGUCGUGGUAGAGCAAGUGGUUGUAUAACAAAAUGGGCUGCUAGAAGUUUCGUAGCGAAAGUUGGCUGGCGAUGUCCGAGUUGUCAAAAUGUUUCUCUUGACAUUCCAAGAGAUUAUUAUUGCUUCUGUGGUAAAGUGUUGAAUCCUCCCGUGCAAAGAUCCUCGGUCAUGCCUCAUUCGUGCAAUGCUGUUUGUGGAAAAAGUCGUGGUCCUGGUUGCAUUCAUCCAUGUAAUGAUAAAUGUCAUCCAGGCCCUUGCAUGGAGUGUUCAUUUACAUAUUCGACAAAAUGUGAUUGUGGUGAAAUGCCAAUUACUGCUGAGUGUGGUAAAACGUUGAACUUCAAAUGCUCAAAAGUUUGUAGAAGAAUGCUAAAAUGUGGAUUACAUAUGUGUGGGGUCGUUUGUCAUGAAGGAGAAUGUAAAGCCUGUCAGCGUAUUAUUGUUCGAAAAUGUUAUUGUGGUGACCAAGAACGCGUCCUUCCAUGUACGGCGUGGAAUGCAAGAACAGCCCUUUUUAGUUGUGGUGCUCCUUGCACUGGAAUGUAUUCAUGUGGAGUGCACAAAUGUGAACUCAAAUGCCAUGACAGAAAUGGGCAAGAUAACUGCGGAUUAUGCAGUCUCUCACCAGAGAAAAAGGAGCAUUGUCCUUGUGGGCAAUCGCGUAUAGUGGAUCUAGUGAAAAAACGAACUUCUUGCACAGAUCCAAUUCCAACUUGCAAAAAUGUUUGCAAUAAAGUUUUGACUUGCGGUCCGAAAGAUCAACCUCAUCGAUGUGCACAACUCUGUCAUGUGGGUCCUUGCCCGCCAUGCUCUUUGAAUAGCUCUAUAACUUGCAGAUGUACAUCUCUAAAAACAAGCAUUCCAUGUCAAGAAUUUGUUUUGUAUUCUGAUGAAAAUCCAUAUCUUUGUGAACGGCGAUGUAAGAAAAUGAAAUCCUGUCAAAAUCAUCGUUGCCAGACUGUUUGCUGCAUUGAUCAGGAACAUUUCUGUAUGCAGAUUUGCGGCAAGAAAUUAAGGUGUGGAAAUCACAAGUGUGAUAGAAUAUGUCAUGUAGGCCAAUGUCCGCAGUGUUUGCAAGCAAGUUUCGAAGAGCAAUUUUGUUUAUGUAGACGCACUGUUCGCCAGCCACCUAUUCCUUGCGGUGCAGCAUUACCACCUUGCAGUUAUCCUUGCUCACGACAGCAUCCUUGCAACCAUCCGCCCAUGCAUACUUGUCAUGUUGAACCAAAAUGUCCACCUUGCACUGUACUUACUCAGAAGCCGUGUUAUGGUGGACAUGAGAUCCGUUCAAACAUCCCAUGUUAUUUAAAUAAUGUUUCAUGCGGACGACCAUGUGGUAAGGAAUUACCAUGUGGCGUGCAUCAAUGCAAACGGAUUUGUCAUGCACAAUCGUGUUUGGUCAGUGGUACUUUAUGUCAACAGAUGUGUACUAAAAGGAGAGUUGGACAAGCAUGUGAUCAUAUUUGUGGUUCUCCCUGUCAUGGCAAAGCUCCUUGUCCUAAAACAAUAGUCAUUGUCACCUGUCCAUGCUUUCGUAAGUCGGAAAACAAACCUUGUUAUGACGUUGAAAAGGCGCUGAUAAAGGCUUUGUCUCUCAAAGUAGAAGAGAGAUGUUGGGACAGAUCUGUUACUUAUGAAGAAAAAGAACUGCAUAAAAGUCCAAGUAUCGAUAAAUAUUGCUGUCUUGAUCGCCUCUCCUGUGAUGACGAGUGCAAGCGAAUUAUAAGAAAUAAAAAACUGGAAAUGGCGCUAAAUAUUUCGACUACAUCAACCAUUACAUAUAGUAGUUUUCUGAAAAAUGAAGCAAAGUUGAAUUGCAAAGAGGUCUUAGAAAUCGAACAUGUAUUAAUUAAGCUUAUCAAUGAUUUAAAUGCGCAGCAAAAUGCAGUAUCAGUCAGUCAUGCGUUUAGACCUAUGAAUUCAGAAUUACGUCGCGUAGUUCAUGAAUAUUGCAGAUAUUUUAAAAUCGAAACUUUAAGUCAGGGUCAAGAUCCUCGAAGAAAUGUAAUAGCCACUGCAAAACGAAAUGUAAGUGAAAUGCCAGUUGUACUUCUCAUGUCAGCUACUGAACAAACACUCGCAUCUAGGACAAAAACUGUAGUGGCUACAACUUCGAAAGAAAUUCCUCCAGAUUCAAAGGAUUCGUCAUGUACUGGUGAAAGUUAAAU